AUGGCCACCGCCGUGCUCCGCUGCCCGCUGCUCGCCUCGCCUCUCCCGGCCGCCGGCGGCGCCGCCGCCGCCUCGUGUUCCGGAUCCUCUCGCCCCUCGCGCGUCCACAUACGGCGGCGAAGGUGCCCGGGUCCCCCGCUCGCCGUCUCCUCCGACUCCUCCAAGCCCCUCGCCUCCUCCUCGACCGGCGGCGGCGGCGACCCCGACGAGGAGCCCGUCCUGCCCCUCCUCCAGGAACUCGCGGAUUGCUUGGUGCUCCCGCCCAAAUUCCUGUCCCUGCUGCCCCGCGACCUCCGCCUCGAUCUCAAUGACGCGGCAUUCGAUCUCUCCAACGGGCCUGUUCUCAACGAGUGUGGCCAAGAGGUCGGUGACCUGCUGCUGGACCUGGGAAAAGCAUGGGAGAUGGCUAACACAGAAGCAUCAAACAACCUUGCCAAGCAGCUGCCGUCGAUGGCGCCCUACUUGACCGCCAGCGCGAAAUCAGCAUUUGGCAAGCGGCUGGCAUCAGCCGGAAAGAAGUUUCAGACUAUGGGGCAGUAUGGCAAUGGAGAGUUCAAGAAGAUUUCUGAAACAAUGAUCAAGAUCGGUAAGGCUCUGUCGAAACGCCCAGUGAUUCAAGCUGAAGUACAGGCCAUGAAAGAAAAAAGAAAGCUGAAGUUUGCAGGAGCUGAAUUCGAAUUGACAGCGCAAAAUGCGUACAUCGGUGCUGCAGUUGGACUAGUUUUCGGGUUCUUCUCCUGGCAGCUGGCCCAAGGCGUGCAAAGCAGUCCAGACGACAGCCAGCCGCUCAAGGUCCCGCUGCUGCUCCUCGGCUACACUUCGACGGCCCUGUCCGCGGCCGCGGCGGUGGGGCUCGUGGUGCUGGCCCUGCAGAUGAACCCCGAGGACAAGUCGGACUAA